UAGCAAACACCAGUUGGCAUAUAUAACUCAACUAACUGGGAGUGACUUUGAUGCGGAAAUCAUACUGUUCUUGUUCCAGUUACUCACCUUGCAUAUCAUUAUGAUACACUUGCUUGGUUUCUAUUUGGCAAGAAAAAUAUCCAGAGAACCUUACAAUUCCUAUUCAAGUCUUUUGUCGAGAUGCUGGUUGUUUCUGGCAGCGGAAGCUAUAACAUUCAGCGUUACGAAGGCAAUUUUGUGCUUCGGAAUGAAGCAGCAAGUAGAAUCCGUUUUUCAGAGACGUUUAUCAGAUGGCAUCAAGCAGUACAGGCUUAAUAAUCAGUGGGGUGAUUUUUGGAGUUUUUCACAAAGGAGAUUUAAUUGUUGCGGAAGUAAUGGGUACAAAGAUUGGAGGAACAUUAUCUGGAUAAAUGAAACGGAGAAAAAUAUAGUAGAACUGUUGAAUCAAGCGAACAAAAUACUUGUUCCUUCAAGCUGUUGCGUUGAACAAAACGAUUGUAAUAUAAUGCAUCUACACCGGUUCGCAAACACCAGCUUCGUGGAAAUUUGGCACUUCACUACUUAUAUUUCAUACAUACAUCAUCGCGGAUGCUUGCCCUCAUUAGUAAAGUUUGCGUAUGCAGAGUACUAUAACAAUUUUAUAUUGAAUUUAUUAACUGUUCCCUUACAAAUUAUCCUGCUCAUAUCAAUGCGACUAUUAUUUACCAUAAAUCGUCACUAUUAACGAGCCUAAACAACAAUUUCUAACGAAAUAGAUCAAGUCAUGUUUGCCCUACACCCAUCAGCAACAACGAGAUUACCGCAUUACUUCAGAUAAGAUAAGACACAAGGUGCCACAGAGGCAAGCUAAGGGAAUUCAUCUCAAACUACGUUUAGUUUAGCCCAAGCCUCCGCCGAGCAAGACACAAUGGAACCGCAGCACUUUGAAUAUAUUGACAUAACUGACCCAGUUCAUGUGGAAACUCACGUUGAACGAGUAGAAGAAGAUUACAUUCUGGUUAAGGCGAAAUCAUGUGAGAAAGUUCCAACCAACAAUUGGCACCCACCAGCGUACUGCUUUACAACCAGAUUUAAGGAGUACGAGGACCAGUUACUCAAUUUCACUGUCAAACCUGAUGACGUUUGGGUGGCUUCAUAUCCAAAAAGUGGAACAACAUGGUGCCAAGAAUUGGUUUGGCUCAUUUGUAACGGAUUAAACUUCUCGGCUGCCAAAUCCGAAUCUCUGAGAACGCGGUUCCCAUUUUUUGAUAUCAGCCUAAUACAUGAUGCUAUUGGCGGCGUUAGUUCUUUUGAAAAAGUGCGUAACAUGGCAUCACCACGAUUCAUCAAAACGCACUUACCAGUAUCGAUGUUACCGAAGCAAUACUGGGACGUUCUACCGAAAACAGUAUACAUUCAUCGAAACGUCAAAUCAGUGGCUGUAUCGUACUAUCACCAUUCAAAAAACAUCUUCUACCGAGGAACUAAAGAAGAGUUUGUUAAAUCCUUCAUGAAAGACUUGCAAUUCUAUUCGCCCAUUCACUCGCACGUUAUCGGUUAUCAUUCUCUGGAAGGUUGUAGUAACAUUUUGUUUCUAAGAUAUGAAGAUCUGAAAUGUAAUUUGCCAGAUACGGUUGAAAAAGUUUGUUGCUUUUUCGGACGAUCCUACGAUUUGGAUGAAUUGAAUCUACUGUAUGAGCAUCUCUCGUUUGAUUCGAUGAAGAACAAUUUAGCGUGCAACUAUGAAGACAAAACUGAAAGCGAUUGGCAAUCAAAAGAUCGCGAUGAGAGGUUUAUUCGUAGGGGGCAAGUAGACAGUUGGAAAGAAGAGCUGACCCCGUCAGAAGCUCAGGAAAUCGACGAAUGGACGCGAGAAUCUGUAAGAGAUCCUGAAUUACUGAAACUAUUCUUAUAAUAUAAGAUGUGUGUUCUUGAAUAUCAACUGUAAUAAUAAUACUACUCAAGAGAUGUAUUUACAGGAACUACUAGUUCUGAUAUUUGAAAGCGCAUUUGUUUUGAUACAUAAAAAUGGCAAUUAGAUAAACCAAAAUGUUCUUUGUUUAAAAUGAUUCAAAUAAAUUCAAAUAAAUCAUCUAAAACAAACUGGUUUUCGGACAUGUGCCUU